CUCUCCGGAAAGGAGAGGAGGAGGAGGAGGAGGAGGAGGAAGAGGAGCAGGUGAACUUUCACAUGGAACUUGUUGAGAUUGAAAUGGAAAUGUCUUAAGGUGAAGAAAAAGGAGGAUCCCUGCUGGACUUUCAGCCUAGCUGGACCAGGACCACAAGAACCAGGAAAUGGCACCACGAGGCCACCAAGCGGAACUUAUCUGUGCAGCGCUGCAAGGUCACUGUGUUUCAUUUCACACGCUGACCUCGUGUUCCACAUCCAUUUAAAGUGGACCUGGCUGGUCCGUGUGGAUGAAGAGAGAGUCUGUUGAAGGCGACAAAGACCAAAGACCAAAGACCAAAGACCGAAGAUGAUAAUACAAAAGAACCGAGUGACGCCCCUGGACCGGAGGUUCUGUCUACCAAGAGUUGCUACACAGCAGGAUCAUCACAGUCUGCUGUGGGUAGGACUUGAUGUGUUAAUGGCGCACCAGCGCCCCUCGCUCCUCCGUGUGUGUGUGUGUGUGUGUGGGUGUGUGUGUAUUUUGACAGGAAGUGGGCACCUGCUUGGUCUUCCUCCCCCAUUGUUCCCCCCGCCAGGGCCUCUGUGGUCAUGCACCGAGGUGUCAUGGUCCACGGGCUACUUUGAGCUCCAGUUGCUGUCGGUGGACAACCCCAAAGGUCAGCUGCUGAGUGGCGAAUGCUGCGACGGGGGCCGGGAUGCGGACGAGGGCGGCUGCAGUGUGGACGAGUGCGACACGUACGUGCGCGUGUGCUUGAAGGAAUACCAGACGGAGGUCAGCAGCAGCGGAACGUGCACGUACGGCUCGGAAACUACCAAGGUGCUCGGUGGGAAUACUUUUCAGUUCCGGGGCGGACAGAGCCGGAACCAGGACGCCGGGAGGAUCGUCAUCCCUUUCCGCUUCGCGUGGCCGCGAGCGUUCACGGUGAUGGUGGAGGCGUGGGACCAGGAUAACAGCACACACAGCAAAGAUGACGAGCUGCUGAUCGAGCGAAGUGUCCACAAAGGAAUGAUCAACCCCGGCGAGGAACGUCAGAUGCUGGAGUUUCAAAGCUCCGGCGCCAGCAUGGAGUACAGCGUCCGUGUGCGCUGCGACGAGCACUACUACGGCAGCAAGUGCAACAAGGUGUGCCGCCCCCGUGACGACUACUUCGGUCACUACGUGUGCGACCAGCUGGGGAACCCAGGAUGCAUGGAAGGCUGGACCGGCCCCGACUGCAGGACUGCCAUCUGCAAGCCAGGAUGCAGCCUCGUGCACGCCACGUGCGACAUCCCUGGCCAGUGCACGUGCAACUACGGCUGGCGGGGCCCGUUCUGUGACGAGUGUCUGCCGUACCCGGGAUGUGUGCAUGGCACCUGCGCCAAGCCCUGGCAGUGCACCUGUGACAAGAACUGGGGGGGCCUGCUGUGUGACAAAGAUCUAAACUACUGCGGGACCAAUCGGCCAUGUAAGAACGGGGGCACAUGCAUGAACACAGAACCAGACGAGUACAACUGCGCCUGUCCAGACGGCUACUCGGGAAAGAACUGCGAGAUCGCUGAGCACGCUUGUGUUUCCAACCCCUGUGCCAACGGGGGGACUUGCCAUGAGGUCCAGUCUGGGUUCGAGUGUCUCUGUCCCGAUGGCUGGUCUGGACCCACCUGUGCUAAAGACACGGAUGAAUGUGCGUCCGGUCCCUGCGCUCAUGGCGGGACCUGCAUCGACCAGGAGAACGCCUUUGAGUGUCUCUGCGCCCCCCAGUGGACGGGACAGACCUGCCAAAUAGACGUUAACGAGUGCGUGGCCCAGCCUUGCCUCAACGCUUACUCUUGCAAAAACAUGAUUGGCGGAUAUCACUGCGCCUGUUUUCCUGGAUGGGGGGGCCGCACGUGUGACAUCAACGUGAACAGCUGCCAUGGACAGUGCCAAAACGGGGGGAGCUGCAAGGAGGUGCCCAGAGGCUACCAGUGCGUCUGCCAGCCCGGCUUUGUGGGUCGACACUGUGAGAUCCAGAGAAACGGCUGUGCCAGCGCUCCGUGCGGGAACGCUGGCCGCUGCCACAACCUUCUGGAUGGAUUCAUGUGCGAUUGUCUGCCCGGGUUCUCCGGGAGAAGCUGCGAGCUCCAGAAGGAUCCAUGCAGUCCCAAUCCGUGUCACAACAAGGUCCAGUGUCACACGCUGAUGGGGGACUUCUACUGCUCAUGUCCUGAGGACUACGAGGGGAAGACCUGCUCCCAGCUGAAGGACCACUGCAAGACCAGCCACUGUCAAGUGAUUGACAGCUGCACGGUUGCCGUGGCCACCAACGACAGCCAGAAGGGGGUUUGGCACAUUUCGUCCAACGUGUGCGGACCUCACGGACACUGCAUCAGCCUUCCCGCCGGGAACUUCAGCUGCUCCUGCCAGCCCGGAUUCACUGGGACCUACUGCCACCAGAACAUCAACGACUGUGAGUCAUCUCCGUGUCGGAAUGGAGGAACCUGCAUCGACGGGAUCAACUCCUUCCGCUGCUUCUGCCCGGCCGGCUGGGAGGGGAAUCUGUGCCAUAUCGAUGUAAACGAGUGCAGCAGGAAGCCGUGUGAGAACGGAGGUGCGUGCGUGGACCUCCUCAACGACUUCUACUGCGACUGCGUGGACGACUGGAAAGGAAAAACCUGCAGCUCACGUGAGAGUCAGUGCGACUCCAGCACCUGCCUCAACGGAGGAACGUGUUACGACCACGGAGACUCCUUCCUGUGUCGCUGCCCCCCCCGCUGGGGCGGCAACACCUGCAGCACAGCCAAAAACAGCACCUGUGAGUCUGGACCGUGUGAGCACGGCGGGACGUGUGUGGGAGUAGAAGACACCUUCUGGUGCAUCUGCAGAGACGGAUGGGCGGGGUCCACCUGUGCUGACAACACCGACGACUGCAGUCCUCAUCCCUGCUACAACGGAGGCAAAUGUGUGGACGGCGAGAACUGGUUCCGCUGUGAAUGCGCCCCGGGUUUCGCCGGACCGGACUGCCGCAUCAAUGUGGACGAGUGUCAGUCGUCUCCCUGUGCUGAAGGUUCCACCUGCAUGGAUGAAAUCAACGCCUUCCGUUGUCUUUGUCCUCCUGGACACGCUGGACCUCGAUGUCAGGAGUUUGUGGGUCUGGGCAAGCCGUGUCAUCACGCGGGUCUUCAGUUCCCUCAUGGGGGUCGCUGGGAUGACGACUGCAACACUUGUCAGUGUGUGGAUGGCUUGGUCCACUGCUCCAAGGUGUUGUGUGGUCGUCGGCCUUGUCUCCUGCGGACAGCUCCCCCUCACCCUCCGCCCUGUCCCGGGGGCCACGAGUGUGUGGGCCACCAGUUCCUCACCUGCUUCUCGCCGCCUUGCCACCAGUGGGGUGUGUGCUCCACGCCAGACGCCCCCAAACCUGUGCUCACACAGUGCGAGCCCAACAGCGGUUACCUCGAUGAGAGCUGCGCUCGUAUCACGCUGAUCUUCAGGAAGGACAAAGUGCCCCUGGGAACCACAGUGGAGAACAUCUGCUCUGAGAUCCGCCACCUUCCCAUCACUCAGAUGCUGGCCCAAGAGCGAGCGCUGCUCAUCCUGUGUGAAGUGUCCUACACCAACAGUGACGCUGUGGAGGUUGCCAUGUCCUUCCAGCAGGAGGUGCAGGCCAACGUCCGGGAGCGCGGACAGAUCCAGAAGGCGGCCAGCGCCGUCAUCGGGGCGCUGUCCAAGCGCCACAACAGCAGCGUCAUGUUGGCCGUGGUGGAGGUCAAAGUGGAGACCCGGGUGGACGCCCCGGCUGUGGGCUACGUGCUUCCGCUGCUGUGCGUGCUGUUCUGCGCGGUGUGGGUUUCGUGCGUCGUGGUGUGCGUCUGGUGGACCCGCAAGAGGAAGAAAGAGCGCGAGAGGAGGUGUCGCCCAGAGGACGGGACCGUCAACAACCGGCUGGUGCCUCAGCGGAGCCCCGCCCCCAAAGACAACCGGGACAAAGACAUUCGGUAUGAAUGCAAGAAGCUGAUGGGCCCGUCGGAGCGGGCGUGCGACGGCGCCGAGGCCGCUAGCGAGCACGAGGAGGAGGACGAGGAGAGGACGCUCGGUGGGGAGGACAGGCGUCCGCCGCCCAAGUGCUCAGCGGGGGGCGAGCGGGACAAGGGGAUGACGGGUAAGGGCGGGGUCAUCUGCACCACGCGCAGUGGGCGGGUCAAAGCGCCACACCGGACCGCCUACAGUCCCAAGGACAACCGCUGGAAAAACCUGAAUGCCGCCAAGCUGGGCGAGGACAUCAAAGACCACUACGUAUGAGCACGCCGCAGGGGCGGAGCCUGGCGGUCUGCAACGUGGCAGGAAGUCAGGAUUUGAAAAGCGGGCUUUUUGCAGCUACUCUUCAUGUUGGACUGGCAGCUUGCCUUUCUAUUGGUCCUUCUUGCCUUAGCCCCGCCCACCGGCCUCUUUUCUACGCUGGCCUGGCGUUAUGCGGAGGACUGAAAAAGACGCGUUAGAGUCCACGACAGUCCACCUGGCACAAGCUUGUUUACACCCAGCAUCACAUGGUCCAUCCACAUCCACCCGAUCCACUUCCUGCAUCAGGUAGUUUCAGAGUAAGAGUGCCUUCAGCUUGAUGGAAUACCAAACAAAGCACAUCUUUGUACAUACCGUGUAUUUGUAAAUACCCACAAUGUGUACAUUUUACUUUGGUAACUUAAGUAAUGCUUCCUUUCCAUGUACAAUUAUUAUGAAUAUUAAGAUUAUUACCACGUGAUUGUUUGCUUCCUUGGAAAAUGAUGUCAUUCCUCUUAGCGCUGGCCACACACGCUUACGUGCACGUUACACGCAUACACGCCAGAUGGGGCAAAUGUCUUCUGCACGGCUGUUACAUGGGUUUAGCACCAGUGCUGCACGGGUGUUACGUGGAUGUUACACACUCAUAACGCUAAUGCUACGUGUCUGUGUUACAUGGGCAUUACACAGGUGUCACAGAUGGGGUCCACUGGUGUUACACAAGUAACACGGAUGUGACUGCUACUCAGUUGUUGCAUGGAUGUUACACAGUUGUAAUGCUAAUGUUACAUGUGUGUAACAUGGGCAUGACACACACAGGCGUUCCAAAUGUGGGUAUCACAGAUGUUCAAGUGCUAUGCAGGUGUUACAUGGAUACACUUGUAACACUAAUGUUACGUGGGUGCUGUACACUUGUAACACAUGUGUGUUACACAGGUGUUACCUGGACACUGCACAAGUGUAACCGCAAUACUAGUAAUGCAUGGCCAUUAUAAGCAUUGACUUGCUGUUGCAAAUGUGUUACACAUGUGUAACAGAUGUUACAACUCAUUUACACAACACUUAUAAUAGGGUUACCCAUGCGUUACACAGGUGUGACACAUGUUACAAAUAUCUUACACAGCAGUUCUAAUAGGGUUACCCAUGCGUUACACAUGUGUAACAUGAACAUGACUCAUGUGUAACAGGUGCUGCACGUGUGACACAGAUGCUACAAAUAUGUGAACACGGGUGUAACAGGGAUGUGACUCAAGUGCCACACAGGCAUUACGUAAUGUUACACAGGUGUUACACUGUUACGUUGGAAUUACACUGCUAUUACAAAUGUGUAAAACUGACCUUCUACAGGUGUCACACAGGUGUUACACCAGCGUUACCUAAGCAUUACAGAGGUGUUACACAUGUCUGCGUGAGUGGAUUGGAUAAGGUGUUAUUGGUGUUGGUUAGAAGAUCCAUGGGAAUCGUGACAGGACAAACAUUGUAACGAGCACCAGUGUAACACUACAAAAGUCCCAAGUAGGCGACAUGGCAGCAGUCACAUGACCACUAUUACUUUGUGCAUGAAAUCCUCUUGAAAGGAAAGAAAAGUGAAGAUGAUAAAACCUUGUGAUGUCAUCUUCUCUGCAUAGUCUGCAAGUGUCAAUCACUCCCGGCUUAGCCCCGCCUCUCGCCAUGAUGGUCUAAUGAAGGGAACAAGCUGAGUUGUCAUUCGUGCACUGAAGAACACCAGCUAGUGUUUAGCAUUAGCAUUAGCUAGUGGGUCAAAGGUCAGUCCCAAAGCGAGGCAGAACGUGCUUCUAGAACUUUGUCAUCAUUUUGUACAAAAACGUUGUUGGUUUGUUGGUGUAACGUUUGUUUGAACCAUCGUAUUAUUUAUUAAAGUAUUUUAUACCA